GGUCUGCCGGGGAGGGACGGAGCCGGGAGGCGGGCAGAAGGGGAGCCACCGCGGGAGCGCUUCUUGACGGACGGCCAUGAGCACGCGUGACACGCCACGGCCGUGGCUCAUUCCUGAUGCCCCGUAUCUUCGCCGCCUGCUCGAAUUCCGCACGGACACCGACGCUUUGCCAUGUUGUCUUCCGUCUCGGGGGAUCUCGGUUCAGUCGCUCUGUACCCGGGGCCACUGUGGAGGCGGACCUAGUGUGUCAGGGGUCGUGGUUUCCAGGGAGCAGCCGUGGUCGGAGCGACAAGAGGGCGGGCAGUAGGCGGGACUUCCGGCCCACGGUUCCGUCAGCUGCCUUUCCCGGGCGUCUCCCCGCAACCUCCUCAGCUUCCCUCGUCCGUGACGCGGCGCCCCGGAGAAAUUCGACGGGAGGGCGACCGGGGGCGCGCGAGCUGCAGUUAAAAGAAGAUGGAUGCACAGAAUUCAGCCAAAGUCAACAUGAGGAAGAGGAGGAAAGAGAUACCUGGACCCAAUGGGGCAACAGAGGAGGAUGGAAUUCCUUCAAAAAUGCCACGCUGUGCAAUUGGCUUACGGCAACCAGCGCCUUUUUCUGAUGAAAUUGAAGUAGACUUUAGUAAGCCCUAUGUCAGGGUAACUAUGGAAGAAGCCAGCAGAGGAACUCCUUGUGAACGGCCUGUGAGAGUUUAUGCAGAUGGAAUAUUUGACUUAUUUCAUUCUGGUCAUGCCCGGGCUCUAAUGCAAGCAAAGAACCUUUUCCCUAAUACAUACCUCAUUGUGGGAGUUUGCAGUGAUGAACUAACGCACAACUUCAAAGGCUUCACCGUGAUGAAUGAAAAUGAGCGCUAUGAUGCCGUGCAGCACUGCCGCUAUGUGGAUGAGGUGGUGAGGAACGCCCCCUGGACCCUGACGCCAGAGUUCCUGGCGGAACACCGGAUUGAUUUUGUGGCCCAUGAUGACAUCCCUUAUUCUUCUGCUGGGAGUGACGACGUUUAUAAGCACAUCAAGGAAGCAGGCAUGUUUGCUCCAACACAGAGGACAGAGGGUAUCUCCACAUCGGACAUCAUCACCCGAAUUGUCCGCGACUAUGAUGUGUACGCCAGGCGGAACCUACAGAGGGGCUACACGGCAAAGGAGCUCAACGUCAGCUUUAUCAAUGAGAAGAAAUACCACUUGCAGGAGCGAGUUGACAAAGUAAAGAAGAAAGUGAAAGAUGUGGAGGAAAAGUCAAAAGAAUUUGUUCAGAAGGUAGAAGAAAAAAGCAUUGACCUCAUUCAGAAAUGGGAGGAGAAAUCUCGAGAAUUCAUUGGAAGUUUCCUGGAAAUGUUUGGUCCAGAAGGAGCACUGAAACAUAUGCUGAAAGAGGGGAAAGGCCGGAUGCUGCAGGCCAUCAGUCCGAGGCAGAGUCCCAGCAGCAGCCCCACUCGUGAACGCUCCCCUUCUCCCUCUUUCCGGUGGCCCUUCUCUGCCAAGACGUCCCCGCCUUCCUCCCCAGGAAACCUCUCCAGACACAAGUCUGCAGCCUAUGAUAUCAGUGAGGAUGAAGAAGACUAGUUUUUCCUCUCUCCUUUCCUCUCCCCUCCCUCUGUCCCACCACCUUGAGAAGCUCUCUGUUGAAUUCCAAAUUGUGAUCCCGACACGAAACCUAAGGACAGCUACAAAGGAAAGACAAUCGGGGCAAGAGGACUUAGGACGGGGGGCCAGACAGCCUAUCCUCCGAGAGACGUCACCCACCCCCACGAAGAAGGAGGCUAACAUCUUAGAAGCCUGUUCUGCACCCAUAUACCCUGCCCAUGGACUUUGCUUUACUGUUUAUGUUCAUGUGAUCUUGACAGGGAAAUGGUCAUUUUUAUUAAUUUUUUAAAAAUUAGUCUUUCAAAUGGAGUAAGUAGAACUAAUUUUUUGCCCCCGAGGAGUGGGCAGAAGGAAGUGGUGUGAUACCCAGAGGCCUUUUCUUCCUGAUACACUAUAGUGUUUGCCUUCUGUUCUGAGGCACACUGUUUUGCCAAGUCCUUCAGGCAGUGAGCCAUGCUGAUGGGUGACUUGGAGGGGAAAUAUCCUAAUUGUGCUUUCCUUUAACAGAAGCUAAACGCUGAGUAACAGUCACAAAUCCCCCACGUGUGCUGCUGGCACGUGCGUCCCUGUGGCUAUGGAGAGAAGGCGAUCCGAGUCUAACUGUUCUUACUCCCUGAGCAGUUAUCUCGUUGGACCCAGUGGGGUCCAUGAAGGCACUGAUGGGGAUGGAACCAGACCCCAUGGCGUCAGCUGAGGUUUUCCUGCUGUGUUCAUCUUCUCAGAAAACUCUGUUGCCCAGUUAUUUGGGAGCUCUUGUCAGUCUCUUUCCUGUGAUCUACCUUUAAAGGGAGGAACACUGUAGGUUUCCUCUGAUUGAGGAGGGGAGUGGGACAAUACUCAACCCUAUACAAAGGCAGUUUAGAUUAGUUUUCCGCCUGGGAGUAAGUCCCUGGCCCUGCGACUCCUGUCCUCAUUACCUAGCUUUUUACAGAGGAUGCUUUGUAAAUGUCUACAGUGUGAACGUGAUGUGUUAAUCCACGUUGCUCAUAACCUUACUGAAUGUUCAGAGAGAUUUGCACAGAACAUAGGCGCAAAAGCAGAGGAAACACACGCCUUUUUAAAGCCUUAUCUUGACCUCUUUCCCUCUUAAGAGUGUCCUUGACUGGAACCAGUGCUCCAUGAGGUGUUUCUUUCCCCCUGGGAGUUGGAGCGGGCAGGGACUCCCAUCCACUGCCCUUCCAGCAAGGCGCUGAGCAAGGGCUCACAUUACAAGAGUGUGGUAGGUUGCCUUCCUCUCCCUCUGCCUUGUUGCACCUCCCUUGUUAUGUUGCCCAGGGGAUUCACUGCUAAAACUUCAUGUCAGAGAAUGCUGAAGCUUAACCCUUGCUGUUAAGCACGCGCUCCUUUGAAGCCUCUCGUGUCCUACAGUACGCGACCUAGCAGAUGGUCAUCCGUCAUAAUCCUGUAACUGUGUUCAGGGGAAAAUGGUUUAUGUCCAGGCCCCAUCCCGUCACUCAUACAUACCCCUUGUGGGGGUGGAGUUGUAGUGUUUUCAGCUGAGAAAACCAUAUCUUGUCUUUCCUUGCCCCUCUGCUAGGGCCCCUCCCCAAACACUUUCUUGUAACACCUGCUCUUCUGCCAGAGGGUGGGUGGCUGGAAUCACUGCCUGCCCGCACAGCAGGACUACCUAGGUUCUUAAAACUCAGCUCCUCCAGAGCGGCAGAGCGCAGCAGAGUAGAGGGACAAAGAGGGGGAGCCUCUUGUCCUGAUGGCCUUUGAAAAUUCCACUUCUAACUCUUCUCACGAAGUGCUAUUUUUACUAUCGAAUCUGGUUUACACAAGCUUUGGCUUGGAAUCCUUUUUCUAGAACAGUUGAAGUUAAUGUUUUCCUACAUUACCCAGCUUCAUAUGAUCACAUAUUUUAACUUUUCUGCUUCAGUCUUCCCUCUUUGGGAAUUUUGCCCAUUUCUGUCAAUAGAAAAGCAGUGAACUCACCACUGAAGCCCACCUGUGUGUUCUCUCAAAGUACACAUGUUAUCCAAGUGUAUUUGGAAAGGGAGGUGCCCAGAAUGUAAUUUUCCUCCCUGCAGUCACUCCUCACGUGUGCUGUCUGGGUCCCACAUGUUUGGUCCUCCUCCUCUGCUCUGUAAAUGGGCUGCUUCUGGCAUGUCCUGCCCUUGGAAUGUGACCUCUAGGCUGACAAGCUCCAUGAGCCUGCCAGCACCAGCAUGUGCACAUGUUCUUGGAAAACUCCCAUCCCUUCUGGUGAGCCUCUGUGGCAUCCGUCUCCUAACACUUGUAUAAUCCUCAAAUAAUUGUGACCGAAAGCAAAAAAUCUCACGGCGUGGCAUGCUGGAUGCGCUGGGAUGAAUGUGACCCUACAUGCCAGACCAGACUGGGUGGGUGGAGGAAGCUGUUGGGACAGUGCAUUGUUUAAUCAUUUGUGCCUAAUUAAGUGAGGUUAGAGGUUUGCACUCCACAACUGUGCAUGUAUCUGUAAAUCUUUAAAUAUUAUUGUUAAUAUUAACUUAUGACAUUAAUUUUAAUGUUAAUUAGCCAUUUCCCUGAAUGCCACACACACAGCUGUUAGCCUGAAUAGGCCAAGUGUGGCAGGAAUGGGAGAGCCUUAAACGCUGCUUGGCCUCAGAGCCUCUCUCUGUAAGAGAGAAGGAGUGUGGAGACAGAAGCCCUGUGGCCGGUGCUGAGGAGCUGCCGUUGCAUCAGUGACCGUGAGAUGAGCUGGGCAGAAAGUUUGUUCUUUUCGUACACUAGACUCAGUAGCACUAAGGGAUAGAGGUUGAAAUUUUAGAGGAAUAGAAAUGGAUCAUUUGUACUGCUGCAGCUGCUUCUGAUAGCUAGAGCCAAAGACCAUUAUUUUGCUGAGGCUUGGGUAAGAAGGUUGGGGAUGUGAGGAGGUUGAAAAUCCUGAAUGAGAGAAAAAGAUUGAGGGAGGUCAAGAGAGCUUUUGACCAGUCCGGUCACUAGUGACUUGCUAGGCAGCACCUGAGUUGCGUUUUCCUUGUUUGUGACCACACAGCUGUCCAGGCAGUCUUAGAAUAUUCCCUCCACAGUGGUUCUUCACCGUGCUUCUUAUUCUCUUUCUUGACCUGUGGGUAGCUUUUGUUUUUCUGGAGCUCAUUGCCUUUCUAAUCCUGUUUUCAGACCCUAUAUCUAAAAUCUUUCCAAAUCAAGUAUAUUUUGCUGCUUUUGUUUAAUUUCCUAAAAGCCAUAGCUUUUACAUUUUCUGUUAGCACAAACUAUCACCAGAAGUGGAACCAAUACCAGUAGGAAAGCGCUCCCUUAACAAUGUUUUUAACUAAUGGUAUUUUUUUUAACCUUACCAAUAUAAGUAUUUUUAAAAUUAUAUUUUUCAAGGUCAUUCAAUGAUUGUUCUUGUUUUCUCUCACAGAGUAGAUUGUCAUGGGAUAAAGAGUAGUCCCUAGCUAUUAUUUUUCCAAAUAAGUAGAAUAUGUUCUUGGGAUAAUACUAUUAAAUGUUAAUUUUCUUUAAAAGAAAGAAGGAAGAUACUCUGUCUGCCAAAGUUUAAUGUUAGUACUCAGAUUGGGGUAGAAAACAAAAAUCCUUGGUUUAACAUUAGGAUGACUCCAGUUGUGUUGUUUUUAGCUUUCAGGCGGGCUUUCCCACCCUUAGGGAGGCACUGCCUGCUUUGAACACAGAGACCUGAUUGGUUGAGUUGUUUUGUAUUGAGGAUCCUGAACAGAAGGAGUGUUGGAAAGAAACACUGGCCUGGGCCUGAAUGUUGGCCCCAUCACUAGUGCCAGUGUCCACAGGGGCGUUUUCCUCCAUUGCUGUUGAGUAUAUUGUUUUCCUGUCUGAGUGUUAUUCAAUUGUUCAGUUAUUUUGGCUUUUGUCAUUAGCCAAAUAAAGGCAAAGUGAUUUUUA